GGCACACACACCCAUGUGGCGUGGCCGCCGAUGUCGGUGGGCUGUGGGCGUGGCUUUUGCAGCUUUGCCGCUUGCGCUCUUUUUGAGCCCCUUCAAAGGGGAGUACUUCGGAAGUUUGGCAGUUGCUCUUUGGAUUUAUGUCAUGGGAUACUUUGUGCUGAAAGAUCAGGCAUAUCCGUUUGCUUUGCCCAUACGGUUCUUGUGUUCUUUUCUCAUUUUGUCCAGCACAACCUUUCUUACUCUCGUUCCAUGGAUUUUUUUCGGUGGAGGGGAAAAUUGCAAUGAUUUCGAUCCGGAGAUGGAAGACGAGAACGGGCAGCGACUUCAGGAUCAUCGGACUCAAACAAUUGUCCGAAUUGCUGCAACCUGGAUCCUGGCAGCCUUGGGCAUUUACAUGUCCAUGGCCGAUCAUCCAGAAUCUACGUACAUUCGGCAAUCUGUGAGGUGUGUGUUGUUCUUUUGGCUUGGCACUGGAGUGCGUUGUCUUGACACAUUUUUGGGAGCAUGUCUUGGAGGGGACCGCGACAAUGACGGUGUCAGAGAUAUGGUUUUCAAAAAUGGGGUCAACAUUGUGGCCCUCAUGAGCGUUGCAUUCGGACUUGCCACUUCGUUUUUGGGUGAAAUUUGGUGUAUCCAGCUAGUGAUUCAACGCCUCCUCACUUUCCAAGAAGCCUUUGGUGAGCCAUUGCCUUGCGUCAAGGCUAUCAGUUGUUUGGAAUUCAUGAUGAAAGUCUGCAUGCCCUGUGUGGCUGUAGCAGCACUCCUUCCAGACCCCACCACUCUAGUGGUCACCACAUUCACGACUGUGUUCUUGGUUUUAUUGGUGGUGCUUGUCUCUUGGGCAUACUCGCUUCCUUUAAAGGCAUUGAGAGAUGCAAGGGAGGUGGACAGCAAGGAUGAUGCUAUGGGAAAACAACUGAUGAAAGAGACCGGUUUUGCCAUGAAAGUGAUUUUUGCAGCCCAACUUGGCUUCGUUGUGGCGGGUUUGUCCAUGGCUAUCUACUUGUGCGCCUUUGGAUUGUUUCCUGUGAUGAGGACGAACAUCAUGACUAACAUUUAUCACUACGGUGGCCUUGCAGAUUCUUUGGGCAAUGCGUUCUGCAUAGUGCUUCUCUCAGUGUCUUCGCUGUCUUUGCCCAAAAUUUCAUGCUGCCCAAAAAAGGCAGUCGCUGACAUCCAAGAAGAGAAUUUUGUGAACGAGGAUUGCACGUGUGGCCAGCAGCUGGGGAAGAGCUUAAACCAGGCAUCCCAGUCCAUCACCCCAGUUCAUGCUGUGUCUGCAUGUGAUGCUUGUGCUUGGGAGAUCAAGGUGGCAGAACUGGCAAACCGCCGAGUUUCUGUGGGGCAGUUGUUGAAUUUCUACACCCAGCUCGGCGCAUCUGAAAAACCAGGACUCAUGCCACACUUUCUGCCAGAGAAGUCAACCACCAAUGACGUGGUGCGUCACGCCGUGAUCCCUGAAUCCCGUCAGGGCACGAAGGGUGAGGCCCUGGCAGUAACCUGGCACCAAGCAGUCUCCGAGCACGAGUCAGGCCGGCACUUUUCAGUGGUGCAAAAGGCCUUGAUCAAGGACUAUGCACCCAGGAUGGUCACACAUCACUGGGCCAAUCGGUUCCGGGAUCUUGUUGCCGCGGUGGUGGCGGAUGCGUUGCACUUGUCUCGCUGGGACAGUGUGGCACAGCAUCUGAGCUGCGGCGAAGUGGAGAUUUUGAGGGAAGGGCUUGCUGAAAGUGGCACGCAGGACUCCCAGUACUGGAUCUGUGCUCUUUGCAUCAACCAGCAUGCGAGCAUUUGUGGCAAUUCUAUGGGGGUUCGUGACACGGUCACUGGAGACGUGUUGCCCUUUUGUGACUGUAGUACACCGAAGUACUUCAACGACCAUCCAGUUCAGUGUGAGCUGAACAAGUUUGAUUGCAUGAUGAAGCAUUUGCACCACCAUUACUCUCAAGAUUUCUUACAAGUUGUCGCCAUAGACAAGGAUUUCAACCUAUUUUCAAGAGCUUGGUGUGUAGCGGAGUUGGUUGAGGCAUACAACAGCCACAUGGAUCAGCAUGUGAUGCUCCACUCUCCAAGCGUUUUGGAGCAGAACUCGGGUCGUCUCAGCUCUUUGAAGGUGGAGAACUGCGCGGCCUCCAGGCCUGAGGACAAGGAGGCGCGAAAACGUUGGGAGAGAGUCGACAUUGGUCAUUUGAUGUCUUCCAUUGUUGGCUUGAACGAUGGUGCGGAUGAACAGAACAAGUGGGUGCGUGUGUUGAAGGAUGUGGAGGAGGUCUGUGUGAGACAGGGUGGGCGGCGAAGGAGCGAUGCUGCCGAUGUGCUUCGCAACCGCAUCAACAAUGAAAUGCCGGCCCCGGAUGCAUCUGUUCCUGGUGAACUUUUGGGUCGUGAAGGAGCCCAAGAGAGGCGAACACUUCAAAAAAUUCGGACAAUUCAGAAGAUUGCCCGUGGCACGGCUGAAAAUGAGCGCAAUGUGGAAUCAGCUAUGUUCCAAGUUAAACCUUCCAAGUUGGUUGUUCCGACCAGAGACGAACCGCUGUCGAUGUUUGAUCCGGCCACCUGGGGCAUGUCGUUUCCGGAUUUGUUUCCAUGGGGUGAUGGCUUGCCUUUUUUGAAGCGUGAAGCCAACAUGGAUGCAACAGAAGUGUUUCGAUAUUUGUUGCUUCGGGAAGAACUUCAUUACAGUGAGGGUGAUGCCUUGUUGCCAAGAUGGUCGCUUUCAGAGACGUUGCUUCCAGUGAUGUACGACGUGCAGCGUCGACUACAGUUGAUGCGUGCGACGAAAGCGCAUGUGAUGCGUCGUGGCUUUGGCAAACAUUGUCGUGUUAUUUCUGAAGUCAACACGGACCAAUUGCUCAAGGCAAUGGCAUUGCAUGGAGACAAUGCGGACCUCAGGGAGUUGCUGCGAGAUCCGCAGGUGGAUGUGGCCUUGAAGCGAGCAUUGGGAGGAGUGCUUCAGGCAACUUCGAGCAUCAUUGGCAUGGAAGGGCACCGCAGCCAGAUCCGGUUGCGUGGACAUGCGGCUGGAUGGCAUUAUGGUUCUGCGCAUCUGUUCGUCACGCCCAACAUCGCAGAUAUGCGCUCGUCCUUGCUACUUCAAUUGCACCUGCAGAAUGUCAAAGUGGAAGAGUGCAAAAUUGAUUUGGACUGGGAGGCGGAGAUGCCCGAAUUGCCCAGCGCAGCUGCUAUGCGACGGAUUGUCGCGAGCGAUCCCGUCGCUCAAGCGCGUUGCUUUGCCUUGAUGAUGGAUUUGUUCUGUGAGGAAGUGUUGGGCAUUCUUCCACCUUUGACCAAGGGAAGUUUUCGGGUUGGCGUGGCAGCAACCUUCGAAGAUGGCAUUGCGAGUUCCCUGCAAGGAGGUGUUUUCGGUGAUAUUGUGGCGUUGAAUGGCCCGUUGGAGACUCAGGGUCGUGGUUCUUUGCACCCCCACAUGCUUAUUAUCUUGCUGGGACACGACCUGGGAGAUCGCUUGCGGAAACUGAUUCAUCGGGUGCAGCAUGGUGAGUUGGUCGUUGAGUUGCAGCGGUGGAGUCGUCGUGUUUUGGAGGCUGUGCAGCGUUUUCAGUAUGAUUCUCAAUUGGCCUUGUCGGAGCAGUUGAGCAGUCCGACACAACCACUGCCUCUGAAUGAACGUCAGCGAUCAGAAUGUGGUCACCAGUAUGAAUCCGCGCCUUUGGUGCCUACGGAGCCGGAUGGACACGAAUUGGAAGCCUUGAAGUUGGGCGGAUCCGUGGCUGGCAAGGUUUUGACAUUGACCGGAUGCUAUGCUUCUUUGCGACCCAAGUAUCUGCGACGCUGUGAACGUUCUGCGGGAGAUGGUCUUGAGUGGAAGAAAAAAUUCUGUGAGGAUUACAGACGUUUGGUGAUCCAGAAAGCCGUGAAAGGCAAACGUGGGUGUCGCUUUGGUUGCUUUCACGUUGAAAUGAUUCUGGGCAAGGAGGACAAGCCGAAAGUGUUAUGUCGGAAAGGUUGGCCUCGAGUUGCGAAAGCAGGUUUUUCUCGGUUGCAAUAUGAGACGGUAGAUUUGAAGGAGGUUGAAGAGUUCAAAAACGAAAACCCGCAUGUGUUUCAAGCUCGGCGUGAUCACCCUUUUGAAGGGAUGUCGAAUCCGGUGGCGCAAGCAGUGAUGCGAUGCAAUGUGGAUGUCAAGUACAUUGGACGCAAUUUUUCAGAAGCAGACCUUUUGAAGUUUUGUGAUGGGAGCAUAGACCAGGAGCCUGGAGUCGAAGUUCCUGCUUCUGCAUCUUCUCUGUUGGAACUGUCCGGGAGUGGAUUGCAGGAGAUGGAACUUCAACGCCCGGCGUUUGGUUCGUCUUCGGAUGCUAUAUCGGGUGCUGAUGCCUCACAUGCAGAGCAACCUGUGUCGACUGAGUUGGAUGCUUCGGAUCCGCCGCCGAAGAAGCAAUGCAUGGGUCGUGUUUUGGACACGGAGCAUAAGAAGAUGCAGACGAUGAGAAAGGCGCUUGAUCGCAUUCUGGUGGACCUUGCAAGAGAUAUGAUGAAUGUUGGUUUUUACACUGGUGAGUAUGCUGCAAAGAAGUUUGAAAUUUCGCGGAGUAUGUUACCUGAAUUGUAUGCAGGAGUGCAGCGAUUGGAAGAGGAGGAAAGGGAAAGGGCAAAGGAAGCUGCAGCGGGCUCCGAGCAGGAGCCCCUGGAGGGGGACAGGGACCCUACUAUGACAGGGCAACAGAGGCGUGCAUUGACGAUUUUGAGAAGACUUGCCUUUGGAAUGAAUCGUUGUGUGGCCAAAUCCAACGGUGAAAUGGCGUAUCAGUUGUUAUUCGAGCAGGAGCAACUGGUGACGUAUCGUGGCUACAACAUGUUCUUCCGCUAUGUGCCGUAUGCAAUCAUGCGUUGCAGACAUGAGGACAUGGAGGAGGUUUUGCAAGCUAGGCCGCAUCUCAAUGGCUCGCCCUUGGAUGUGCUUCCUGACCCCGAAGGAGAGGCACCAGUGGUGGUGGAUGAGUUUGCGGAGGUUGUUGAUGAGGGAGGUGAUGUGCCCAGAGUCCAGCAGGUGCAUGUGAACUUCAACCAGAAAGACGAUUACUUGCACAGGGGCUCUUCGGUUUUGUUGCAAUGCAUGUCUCUUUUGAUGUAUUCUCGCUUCGUUCGCAGAGUUUCGAGGAACAAAGCCGGCAAGGUGGAUGGAGUGAAGUUUUUCGACUUUGAUGAGCACUAUGCCCACUUCAGUUCCUCCGUUCAGGAAGUGAGAGCAGCAGAUGACAGUGUUGUGGUGCCUUCAGAUUUGCACCUUCCGAAGGAUGCUGAGGUGCAGAAGUACGCAGCUCACAUGUUGGGAUUAUCUUUUCCAUUCCCAACGUGUUCUGGAGAUUGCAGUUUGUCACAUCGAUGCUUUGCUUGCCACACCAUGGGAGAAGAUGCAAAGCAAGGCGUUCUUUUUGCUCGUUUUACGCUGCAUUGGAAGCACUGGAAAAGUUACAUGUCAAUGAGGAGGUGUUUGGCGGAGGAAAGAGUUUUGGCCGGUUUGUCUGCUCCGGUCAUCCGGGAUGUUGCAUCAGUGCGUUCCUAUGUUGCUGGCAUUGGUGACACCAGCAGUGCUUUUAGAUGUUUGGAGAAGCUGUUCGGUGGAGCAGAAGGAGCGGAUUGUCGCUAUCAUGACAUGCUGCGCAUCUGUGAGCGCGUUGCCUGGUUCGCAGACUUGUCCGUUCCGUUUCAUUACACUCAGUUGACAUCGCAAGAGUUCUUGGCCUAUAUUCAGACAUCGUGGUUGGAGCGUUUCCAGCAGCACUGUGCUGCACGUCGUCUCAGCAGCAGUCGUCGGACAGCUGAGCGUUAUGCUCUGAUGACUGCUUUGGACAAGGAGGAGGACCUGGAAGAUGACUCGGCACCGCCGGUUAUAGAAGGACACGAGGUCGAGGAUGAUCUGCUAUUGCAAGAAGAGUUGGACAACUUGGAACGUGCGCAGUGGCCGGUGGAUGGAGAAGCAUUGCACGAAGCUAUGUUUCGGGAAGAGGAUUGGAUGAAG